AACUUAUCUAUACCACAAUGUCUGGAUCAAUACCGAGUCUGUCAGCAGUCAGUAAUAACAAAGUCCAUUCUACAGAAUCACCAACCGCAUGGGGAACCAAACCUAAACAACCUAAGAAUUUAUCGGUGCUUGCUUUCAUAGUUACAGUUUUAUUUAAUCACAUAUGUGGAUUCUUUGCAUACCAUUUCAACGUUUCAGCAAAGCACAGUUGGCACCUCCAUGAUUACAAAAAGGCGAGACGUCAUUCCAAAUACUCGGUUGCUCUGGUCAUUCUUGGUAUACUCAUUGGACUAGCUACGUAUGCUCUAGCAUUCUCUCUAUAUUUCACUCUACAUGGAGACAAAACUUGUCCAGUUGGACAGUCAAAUAACAAUAACUCAGGAAUAAACAACAACAAUCUACAAACAAAAUGCUGUCAGCAUAAUUCAAGUAAUCCGUUUAAUAACCCAACUAAAGGUUCCCGAAUAUUGCAAUUGCCUACUACAAAAAUUGAACUAUAUUGUGCAACAUCCGGAGAUGGACCGAUAUAUCCGGAUCAGAACUUAAAAUAUGCUAGUUGUUGUUCUCAUUUGGGCUGUAGGUUUGGGGCCAAAUAAUUCAGCAUUGCUCAUGAAAAAAGAAGUAUGUUAAUAUAUGGGAAAAAAUAUGAAUAAAAGAAAGAAAAAAAAACACUUAUAUAGCGAUUAAAUGCACCACCGAAAGUUUACCUCAACGACAAUAAGAAGCCAUAACAAGAAAAAAAAAAGAAAGACGUAGUCUAUAUCUCUCGAAUCAACAGACUUUUCUCCUUAAUAGAAAUAUAGAAAUAUAGAUCAACGUUCACAUACUACUUAGUUAAUCAGACUUGUCUCUAUUUACUAUACAUAUGUUUAUCCACGGGUCCAUACUAUCUUUGAUUAGAUUUUUCUCCUAUUUAACUCUAUACAAAUGUAUAUCAACAGGCCCAUACUACUCAGAUCAACAGACUUUUCUCCUAUUUAACUCUAUACAAAGGUAUCUAUUUAACUCUAUACAAAAGUAUAUCAACAGGUGCAUUCUACUCAGAUCAAUAGAUCUUCAUCCUAUGUAACUCUAUACAAAUGUACAUCCUUACUUGGAUGGAGAGUUGUCUCAUUGGCACUCACACCACAUUUUCCUAUAUCUAUCAACGGGUCUUUAAAAGUCGUUUCUAAAGAAAACCAUGGAGUAGAUAACAGCCGAAGGCCACCUAUGGGUCUGCAAUGUAGCGAGAAACUCCAGCACUCGGAGGCGUCCUUCGGCUGGGCCCUUGAAAAAUGUGUAUACUAGUACAAUGAUAAUGGACGUCAUACGAAACUCCGAAUUAUACACAAGAAACUAAAAUUAAAAAUCAUACAAGACUAACAAAGGCCAGAGGCCCAUACUACUCAGAUCUACAGAUUUAUCUCCUAUUUAAUUAACUCUAAACAAAAGUAUAUCCACAGGUCCAUACCACUCAGAUCAACACACUUUUCUCCUUUUUAACUCCAUAUGAAUGUAUACUAACGGGUCUUUUCUACCUCAGAUCAAUAGAUCUUCAUCCUAUGUAACUCUAUACAAAUGUACAACAACGGGUCUUUAAAAGUCGUUUCUAAAGAAUUUCAAC